CCAAUAGGUGCUUUACUCACCACCACCACCAUCCAACACUCUCUUCCACAUUCAUUUUCUUCCACCUUUUCACCAUCCUCUCAAUCUCAACUCAACAACAAUGGAUUCAACCAAAAACGACGUAGCAUUCGAGUUCCUUCCCUAUUUCCGAGCAUACAAAGACGGUCGGGUCGAGCGGUUCUUCGGCACUGACAGAGUUCCUCCUUCCACCGACUCCAAAACCGGUGUCUCCUCCAAAGACAUCCUAAUUUCGCAGGAAACCGCCGUAUCAGCCCGCCUCUUUAAACCCACCACCACCAACCCACCACCGCAAAAGCUCCCCCUCCUCAUCUACUUCCAUGGUGGAGCCUUCUGCUUCGGUUCUCCCUUCUGCUCCACCUACCACAACCACCUCACCUCUCUUGUCGCCGAAGCCAAUGUCAUUGCACUCUCCGUCGACUACCGACUCGCCCCGGAACACCCUCUUCCUCUGGCUUAUGAAGAUUCAUGGGCUGCCCUCAAAUGGGUUGCUUCUCAUUCAGGCCGACAAGGCCCGGAACCCUGGCUCAACGACACCGCCGAUUUUGAAAGAGUUUUCAUCGCCGGAGACAGUGCCGGGGCUAACAUAGCCCACAACACGGCGGUGAAAGCAGGUGUUGAGGCGGAGGAGUUGGUGGGGUUGAAGGUGGUGGGAAUUUGUUUGGUUCAUCCGGACUUUGUGGGUAGAGAAGGGAAUGCGCACAAGUCAUGGUUUUUUGCUUGUCCAGAGACAAACGGGUCGGGUGACCCGAGGAUUAACCCGGCCGUGGAUUUGAGUCUGGGGAGGAUGGGGUGUAGGAGGGUGGUGGUUUGUGUGGCUGAGAAGGAUGGGAUGAGAGAGAGGGGUUGGUUUUAUUAUGAGACUUUGAAGAAGUGUGAGUGGGAUGGGGUGGUGGAGAUCAUGGAGGCAAAAGGGGAAGAACAUGUGUUUCAUUUGUUUGACCCGACUUGUGAGAAUGCUUUGGCUUUGUUGAAAAAGUUGGCCUCUUUCAUCAAUCAAGAGUAAUCUAAUAAGGCUUUACCUUUUUGUGUUUGGUGUUGUACUGGUUCAUGUGUAGGCUAUUUGGACACCAAGAAAAUUCACAAGUUUGUAACCAAGGUGUGAAUUAUCAAGUCUACAAAAACAAAAGUCAUUUCUUAAUUUCAUAGCAACACGUGUGGGAAAUUUAUUUUUUUAGAGGGCAUCGAAUCGGGAGUUGAGAUGUAAGACUGAGACUUCUUGUGGAGACUAUUUGAAAUUUUUAAUUGCUCUCAUUACCAAAUAGUUUGUUGACAAGUUUGAAUAGCAACAUGACUCUAAGAUAUGGAAAGGGUAAAACAGAGUUUACAAUUGGUUUUAAUUGAUGUGUAACUAUGAGAAAGAAAGGGACCUGCAUGUGGGACGGGGGAAUCCGAAACCCAUAAAAAGUUAUGAACAUUUUGUUAUCCCAUAAUCUUACCAAUCU